AUGAAUAUGAAUUUACCCGCGCACCACCUUUCAGGGCAGAUCUCAGGACAGGCACUGAACCAAGCUGGUACUUCAGUGCCUGGACUGGCACAGCAAAAUGGGAAUUCUCUACCUGGCCAGAUGCAAAAUCCUAGUAUCCAUCGCGGUGUCCCAUAUAUGGAUCCUGAAUUUGCAAAAGAACGGAGAUAUAUGGCAGAAAAAAUCCUUGAAUUUCUCAACCAGCGGCGGCAGCAAUCUCAAGAAGUACCUACGAAGAAAAUGAUGGAUUUAGUAAGACGCCUAGAAGAAGGUCUGGUUAAGAGUGCCAGUUCAAAGGAGGAGUAUCUGAAUCUGUCAACCUUGGAAAGUCGUCUGCACUUUCUAAUUAAACGAUCACCCAUGAGUAAUCAAAACCAGCCAUUUUCACAUGCUAAUACUUCUGCUUCCAUUGGAACAAUGAUUCCAACUCCUGGAUUGAUGCAACCUGGGAAUUCAAGCCUUAUAGGAACAUCGUCUGUUGAUAGUUCAGUUAUUGCCAACAAUAAUUCUAAUAUUCCAUCAUCCAUUGUCAAUUCUGGGGGCUUCAUGUCUACUGGAAAUGGGCCCUCUGGGACCGUGCAUGGUCGUUCUUUUAGUUCCUCUGAUGGAACAUUAUCUGGUGGAUAUCAACUGCCGUCUUCCAGUUUUUCGACCAAUUCUGGUGGAAAUAAUAUGAUGACAUCCAUGGGUGCACAAAGAAUGGCAAGCCAAAUGAUUCCUACUCCUGGAUUUAAUAGUUCUAGUAAUAAUGAUGUAAAUACUAAUGCUAAUAAUCAGCCUUUCAUGAAUAUGGAAUCCUCUAAUAAUAUUGGUGCAUUUCAAACUGGUGAAUCUACAAUUGUAUCACAGCCCAUGCAGCAAAAGCAGCAUGUUGGUGGUCAAAACAGUCGUAUAUUGCAUAAUAUUGGUGGCCAUUUAGGUGGCGGAAUUAGGUCCACCUUGCAGCAAAAGUCCUAUGGAUUAUCAAAUGGCCCCUUAAAAGGUGGGUUGGGGAUGAUGGUAAACAAUACGAUGAAUGACACAGGAGCUUCUGAGGGCUAUUUAACAGGAACACUGUAUGGAAAUUCCCCCAAACCCUUGGAACAACAUUUUGAUCAACAUCAACGAACAGUAAUGCAUGGUAAUGGGUAUGGAAUUGGUGCUGCUGAAUCUGCCGGGUCUGGAAACUUGUAUGCUUCACAGAUGGUGAACAAUCAGAGCUUGAAUGCUGUAUCUUUGCAGUCCAUGCCGAAAACAAACUCUCCUUUGAUGACCAAUCAGACGAAUGUUCACUCUACUCAACAAGUGACAAGUAUGAAGCCUCAAUUAAUUGAUCAAUCAGAAAAGAUGAACUAUCAAUCACAAUAUUCAGGGAGAGAUGAUCUUGUAAAUUCCCAUCAACACCAACAAUUUCAUCAGUCGUCUCAUCAAUUCCAGCGCCAUCAACUCCAGCAAAAGCAGCAAAGUCAACAACACCAGCUCAUGUUGAAGAAUGACAUUUUUGCCCAGUCUCAGUUGUUAUCAAAUACUGAUUCUGAAGGGAAGCCUGAGAUAGAGCAUCGUGAUGAAGGUCUGCACUUCCAAGUCCCUGAGCCAUUUCAAUUUUCAGAUAUGCAGACUCAAUUACCACAGAACCCCAUGGAAACCGGUUCAAGAGGUGCUCAGUUGCUCUCACGUCCUUCACGCUCACAGGAUGCCUUUUCAUCACUAACUCAAACUUCGGAUCAGAUGCAACAGUUGAUGCAUCCUGAUCAGUUUGCUACUAACCCAGAAAGAGAUUUGAGCGGUAUUUCUGGUGGCGUCCAACCGGAUACAGCACUUCAAGGUCAAUGGUAUCCCAACUCUCAGGAUGGGUCUCAUAUAUUGGGGAGACUCGCACAUGAUCAAAAUAUGCACGAGGAUUCUCGUCAGGGUAUAAGUGGGCAAAAUGUAGCUCAGCAAAACAAUUUAUCUUCAGAAGAAUCAAUUAUUGGUCAGUCUGAUGCUACUAAAUCCAAAGAACCUCCAAAUGUAAGUGGCACUGUCUGUAGAUCCAAUAACCUUAAUCGUGAACGGCAGUUCAAGAAUCAACAGAGAUGGCUGUUGUUUUUACGCCAUGCUCGUCAAUGUCCGGCUCCAGAAGGAAAAUGUCAAGAUCCCAAUUGCUUAACAGCACAAAAUCUGUUGAAACAUAUGGAAAGAUGCAACAUAUUUCAAUGUACAUAUCCACGUUGCCGAGCCACAAAGGUUUUAAUCAAUCAUCACAGGCGCUGUAAGGAUGCAAGUUGCCCUGUUUGCAUUCCUGUUAAGAAUUUUGUACAGGCACAGUUAAAGGCAUUUGCUCGUUCUGAUAUCAAUUCCGGUCUACCAAAUCCAGUCAAUGGAUCCUGUAAAUCCUCCGAUGCUGCUGAAAUUGCAGGUAGGUCGACUCCGAAGACAAACCCAACAGUAGCUGAAACUCCAGAAGAUUUACAGCCUUCUAUUAAACGCAUAAAGACUGAACCAACCUCCCGAUCUCUAGUGUCUGAAAGUGAAAGUUCUGUUGUACCACAUGCUUCCACAAAUGGACCUCAUCCCCUUCCAAAUGCACAACAUGCUGAACAACACCGUGACUCUUGUAUGUCAACAAAACCUGAAGUUACAGAAAUAAAGAUUGAGGUUCCUACAAGUGUUGGACAAAGCAGUCAGAGUGUUGAGAUGAAAAAGGAUAAUUUUGGCAAUAUCUACAUCCAAAGUGAUGAUCAAAUCAUACAGAAAAAUUCUUCUGGCUUUGAUUUUAAGGAGGGCAUUACAAUUGAGAAGGAAUUGGACCAGGAUAAACAAGUAAACACAUCAUUACCUGCUGAAAAUGUAUCGAAGUCUGGGAAGCCAACCAUAAAAGGAGUCUCGAUGACAGAGCUGUUCACCCCUGAACAAGUUCGGGAGCACAUUAGAGGUCUGAGACAGUGGGUUGGACAGAGCAAAGCAAAAGCAGAAAAAAAUCAAGCAAUGGAGCGUACAAUGAGUGAGAAUUCUUGCCAGUUGUGUGCAGUUGAGAAGCUUACCUUUGAACCACCACCAAUAUAUUGUACACCUUGUGGUGCUCGUGUUAAAAGAAAUGCGAUGUACUAUACCUUUGGGGCGGGUGAUACUCGUCAUUACUUCUGCAUUCCCUGCUAUAAUGAAGCCCGUGGAGAUACCAUUGCAGUUGAUGCAAAUUCUAUUCCAAAGGCAAGGAUGGAGAAGAAGAAAAAUGAUGAGGAAACUGAAGAAUGGUGGGUACAAUGUGAUAAGUGUGAAGCUUGGCAACAUCAAAUAUGUGCAUUAUUUAAUGGUAGAAGGAAUGAUGGAGGACAAGCUGAGUACACUUGUCCAAAUUGUUACAUAGAGGAAGUUGAAAGAGGAGAACGUAUGCCAUUACCACAGAGUGCUGUUCUUGGGGCAAAAGAUUUGCCUAGAACAAUUUUGAGCGAUCACAUUGAGCAGCGAUUGUUUAGACGGCUAAAGCUAGAAAGACAGGAAAGAGCUAGGCUUCAAGGAAAAAGUUAUGAUGAGGUUCCAGGAGCAGAAUCACUUGUUGUAAGAGUCGUUUCCUCAGUGGACAAAAAAUUGGAAGUUAAACCGCGGUUUCUUGAAAUUUUUCAAGAAGAAAAUUAUCCAUCAGAGUUCCCAUAUAAAUCUAAGGUGUUGUUAUUAUUUCAAAAAAUUGAAGGCGUCGAAGUAUGCCUUUUUGGCAUGUAUCUUCAGGAAUUUGGAUCAGAAUGUCUGCAGCCAAAUCAUCGCCGAGUCUAUCUAUCAUAUCUUGAUUCUGUCAAGUACUUCCGGCCAGAGGUCAAAGCAGUGACGGGAGAGGCUCUUCGUACAUUUGUGUACCAUGAAAUUUUGAUUGGAUAUUUAGAAUAUUGCAAGUUGCGUGGAUUUACAAGCUGCUACAUAUGGGCUUGCCCACCAUUGAAGGGUGAAGACUAUAUUUUAUAUUGCCACCCAGAAAUUCAGAAGACACCAAAAUCUGAUAAACUCAGAGAGUGGUACUUGUCCAUGUUAAGAAAAGCCGCAAAGGAAAAUAUUGUUGUUGAGCUCACUAAUCUAUACGAUCAUUUCUUUGUAUCUAAUGGUGAAUGUAAGGCAAAGGUGACUGCAGCUCGGUUGCCAUACUUUGAUGGAGAUUAUUGGCCAGGUGCUGCAGAGGACAUGAUCUAUCAACUACAACAAGAGGAGGAUGGAAGAAAACAGCAUAAGAAGGGAACAAUUAAAAAGACCAUCACAAAAAGAGCUUUAAAGGCAUCUGGCCAAACUGACCUCUCUGGGAAUGCAUCAAAGGACCUGAUGUUGAUGCAUAAACUUGGUGAGACAAUUAGUCCGAUGAAAGAGGAUUUUAUCAUGGUUCACUUGCAGCAUGCAUGCACACAUUGCUGCAUUCUCAUGGUGUCUGGAAAUCGUUGGGAUUGCAAACAGUGCAAAAAUUUUCAGCUUUGUGACAAUUGCUAUGAAGCUGAACAAAAACGUGAGGACAGAGAGAGACAUCCUAUCUAUCAAAAGGACAAGCAUGUACUUUAUCCAGUUGAAAUCACUGAUGUCACGAGUGAUACCAAAGAUAAAGAUGAGAUUCUGGAGAGUGAAUUCUUUGAUACGAGACAGGCAUUUCUCAGCCUUUGUCAGGGAAACCACUAUCAAUAUGAUACCCUUCGCCGUGCUAAGCAUUCCUCUAUGAUGGUUCUCUACCAUCUACACAAUCCCACAGCACCAGCUUUUGUAAUAACAUGCAAUGUAUGCCACCUUGAUAUAGAUGCUGGUCAAGGUUGGCAUUGUGAGACAUGCCCAGAUUAUGAUGUGUGCAAUACUUGUUAUCAGAAAGAUGGUGGAAUUGAUCAUCCUCAUAAGUUAACUAAUCAUACAUCCAAUGAUCGUGAUGCACAAAAUAAAGAAGCUAGACAGAUGCGAGUUACGCAGCUUAGGAAAAUGCUCGAUCUCUUGGUACAUGCUUCUCAGUGUCGUUCCCCACAUUGCCAAUAUCCAAACUGCCGCAAGGUCAAGGGACUUUUCCGCCAUGGUAUGCUGUGUAAGAUACGUGCUUCUGGAGGUUGUGUUCUUUGUAAGAAAAUGUGGUAUCUCCUUCAGCUUCAUGCUCGAGCAUGCAAAGAAUCUGACUGCAGUGUACCACGCUGCAGAGAUUUGAAGGAACACUUGAGACGGCUGCAGCAACAGUCUGAUUCCCGACGAAGGGCUGCUGUAAUGGAAAUGAUGAGGCAGCGUGCUGCAGAGGCAGGUAAUUUAUUAGUUAUAAACUGUGGUGCGGACCGAAACCUAAUGGUGAAGAAAAUUCGACACCAAACUCCACAGCAAAAUAAUUUGCAGGAGUUCCUAUUCAUUCACAAUUCUAAAGAUAAGCUUGAUGGUGAAGUUAUAGAUCAUGGACUGCUGGCUUCUGUAACAACUGACUCUUUACUCAAAGGACAGAUUUCUAGAAGGGCAAGGUUAUGGCUUCAAUUCUUUGAUUUUUCUGUUGUAUUUUAUCUCUUGCUCGCAUUUGAUGGCAAGUGUGUGUACCAUAGCUUUUGA